GGCGGGGGCGGAGGGAAAGGCUGGGGAAGCAGCCUCAGGCGCGCACAGGAACACUGGCUCGCAUCUGGCUCCGGGCAGCCGAGAUUAAGCUUCGCUGCCACUGUAUCGGGACGAGGAUGGCCAGACUGCCCGUGGCCAUGAGUACUUCUCAGUGCUCCUAGGCUGAAGCUGGGCUGCCAGCCAUGGGGCUGGGCAGGCCCCAGGACUGGCUGUUGGGCCUGCCCACGGCUGUGGUCUAUGGCUCCCUGGCCCUCUUCAUCUCCAUCCUGCACAACGUGUUCCUGCUUUACUAUGUGGACACUUUUGUCUCAGUGUACAAGAUCAGCAAAACUGCCUUCUGGGUCGGAGAGACGGUGUUUCUCCUCUGGAACAGCCUCAACGACCCCCUCUUCGGCUGGUUGAGUGACCGUCAGUUCCUCAGCUCCCAGCCCCGGUCGGGCGCUGGGUUCUCCUCAAGGGCUGUGGUGCUGGCCCGGGUGCGGGCCCUGGGCUGGCACGGGCCACUGCUGGCGCUGUCAUUCCUGGCAUUCUGGGUGCCAUGGGCCCCAGCCGGCCUGCAGUUCUUGCUGUGUCUGUGCCUCUAUGAUGGCUUCCUGACGCUCGUGGACCUGCACCAUCACGCCUUGCUGGCUGACCUGGCUCUCUCAGCCCACGACCGCACCCACCUCAACUUCUACUGCUCCCUCUUCAGUGCAGCUGGCUCCCUCUCUGUCUUUGCCUCCUACGCCUUCUGGAACAAGGGGGACUUCUCCUCCUUCCGCGCCUUCUGCGUGGCACUGGCCGCUGGCUCUGGGCUAGGCUUUGUGGGGGCCACACGGCUGCUGAGGCGGCGGGUUGAAGUGACCGGCAGGCAGCCGGGCUACCCAGAUCUGGCUGUGGAUAGCGGCCUGUGUGGAGAGGAGCUGCCUGUGGGCAGUGAGGAGGUGGGCAGCGUUACCUUGGGCCAGUACCUCCGGCAGCUAGCACAUCACCGGAACUUCCUGUGGUUCGUGGGCAUGGACCUGGUGCAGGUCUUUCACUGCCACUUCAACAGCAACUUCUUCCCCCUCUUCCUGGAGCACCUGUUGUCAGACCACAUCUCCCUCUCCACAGGCUCCUUCCUGUUGGGCGUCUCCUAUGUCGCUCCCCAUCUCAACAACCUGUACUUCCUGCCCCUGUGCCAGCGCUGGGGUGUCUACACCGUGGUGCGGGGACUCUUCCUGCUUAAGCUGGGCCUGAGUCUGCUCAUGCUUUUGGCUGGCCCGGACCACCCCGGCCUGCUCUGCCUCUUCAUUGCCAGCAACCGUGUCUUUACUGAGGGCACCUGUAAGCUGUUGACCUUGGUAGUCACUGACCUGGUGGACGAGGACCUGGUACUGAACCACCGCAAGCAGGCGGCCUCGGCGCUCCUCUUUGGCAUGGUGGCCCUGGUGACCAAGCCAGGCCAGACCUUCGCCCCGCUGCUGGGUACCUGGCUGCUGUGCUUCUACACAGGUCAUGAUCUCUUCCAGCAGCCCCCACUGAUCCCUGUGGGGAGUGCCCAGCCCUGGCCAGAGCCCCCGGCCCCUCCCCCAGCUCAGGCCCCGACGCUCCGCCAGGGCUGCUUCUACCUGCUGGUGCUGGUGCCCAUCACCUGUGCUCUGCUGCAGCUGUUCACCUGGUCCAAGUUUACAUUGCACGGGAGACGCUUGCACGUGGUCAAAGCCCAGCGCCAGAAUCUGUCACAAGCCCAAACCCUGGACAUUAAGACAGUGUGAGAGGUGUGGCAAGGCCACCCUGCUGAGGACACUGCCUGCAUCUUUGGGCAGGAGCCACUUUUGCCAGCCUGGUGUCCUGCUCCUUUGCCUUCCUCGGGUACAGCCUGGAGGACAGAUGGCAGAAUGGGAGCUGCUGGGGCUCAACCAGAAGCAUCAGUGGGUCUAAGAUCCUGCUUGGCUGUCUGGCCCAGCUUGGUCAAGGGCUGGGCCAAAUGUGCUCAGGGACCUGCUUCCCUCUAUGGGGCAGGAGGAGGAAGGGGACCAAGAAGGGAUGAGGCUGCCCUGUGGUCACAUGGGGUUGCCCAGGGGCCUAGAGGCCUACCCUACCACCAGGUUGGGGCUGGCACUUCCUGUGGGCUCAGGAACCACUUUUAAUACUGCAACCUCAACUUCUUAUUGGCCAGUCAGGGGAAGCUGACUGUAAGUCCCUCCCACCCCCUCCCUCCACCCUUCCAGUGGUUUCUGUGCUUCAGCUGUGCCCCAAGUAGCAUGCCUCUGCUACUGCAGGGCUUCCCCACCCCCACCUGGUUUCUAAAGUUCAGCUCAUCACAGAUUAAAGUCAUUCUGUUUCUA